UACACAAGAACAUCGGAAAUUGCUUGCUUUUGGAUAUAUACUUUAGAAUGUACAGAUCUUUGAUAUAUAGACCUUUGCUCUGUUUUUGUGCCAUAUUAAUAAACUUAAACUUGGUUAAAUCUUCGUUGCUUUUUACCACCAACUCCGAGUACGGGAUAUUCAUGGCCAUAUCGGUGCCCAUUGGCUUGCCGCAUCGCAAUGUCUUUUUGUCCUAUAACUACGAGUUUAAUUACUAUCAGCCGGAGCACGUGUACAAAUAUCCUCCGAUUUUGAUGGGUCAGGACUUUGAGGAUAGCUAUCUUACAUAUCCCACCACAGGAAGAGAUGACAAGGGCAGACACUGUCUGAAUUGCACAGAUUGGAAAAUAGAGGGAAAUCAAACAUCCUCAAGUAAUUCGUCAACUGUCUCUCGUGAAAAGCGGGGCUUAACUUUGAUGAGUCGCUCUGUUUUUUAUGCCAUGUUAAGGGAUAAACUAAGGAGAUCUGGUUUUCCUGCUGAGGCCUGUUUACUGCGUCUAAUAUGCGAUACCAAUGCAUCUCAACUGGGCGAAAAUAAUGGAUUUUUGGGCAGCCUAGUUCACAUAAUAUUCAGUCCCAGCAGUUCGAAGGAUGAGCACCUGCCGCAUGAGUAUUACCAAGCGGAAUGGGAUGGUCGGGAAAAUCAGGAGUGCUCUGCAUAUAGCAAAAGCUGUGAUCAUAAUAUCUUGGACCUGAUUUCUGUGCCACUAGAGCAGGCUCUUGGCGAUAUUGUAAGCCGACGGAGAUGA